CAAAACUAAACACAGAGUAACUGAACGCUACCUUCUUACCUUGUAUUAUUAACUAGAAUUUCUGACAUUUGUAACAAAAAAGGGUGUAAUUACAAUAUAGAAAUAGUAAAAUGUAUCUAUUAGGAGAGAGAGAUCUUUCAAGAAAUGCUUGUCAUAUAACAGAAGCCUUUGUAACAUCUACAGUGCAUUCUUCUAAAAAAGAAGAAAUGAAAGAAACACAAAUAUCAACAGGACUCAGGAAAGCUAAAUCUAGAGGAAGAGGGAGGCCAAAGCGCAGAGGUGCACCUCGUACCUCAAAAAUUCCAGCAGUUAUAAGACAUAGGUUAAAACAAGCUCGCUACCGACGAAACCAUCCUGAGAUCCAUCGUGAACAACAAAAACGGUAUCGUGCCAACCAUCCAGAAAUACAUCGGCGACAGCAACAACGGUAUCGAGCUAAUCAUUCAAAGACUCGCCAUCAACAACAACAAGAGCUUCAGGCUAAUUUUCCUGUGAUUCAACAACAAAAGUUUCAUAUAAAUAAACCUGUAGCUCUUUGUCAAGCUGGAAAACAAUUUCAAACUUUUUGUCAUAUUCAACAAUACAAUGAUUCUAAUCCUUGUUCCAGUCAAAGUAACUCUGACAUUAACAGUUUACAAGUUUUAACAAUAGAAAUUACAUCAUUGAAUGAUAAGCAGAUUGUGCCAUGUCCAAACUGUGGAGCUACAUUAAAGGCAGAAUAGCAUAACCAUACUAAAUACAUAUUUACAGUGCAACAAGUCAAAAGAUUUAAGCUAAAAAAGGUGUAAAAUUAAAUA